AUGCUUCUUCCCCUCUACCUCACCACCCAAUUCUCGCAAAACAGCAGCUUUGCAAGCUUAAAGCGGAAACACGAUGACAGUGUCGAGAGCGAUAAUUAUUCCAGCGACUCCGACUCCGACUCGGAUUGCUCCCCAAGCCCUGAUUCACGCCCUCGAAAACUCCUCUCUCCGUCGCGGAGGAUUGGCCCUGUGCCCGGCAUCCCGGCAGAUGAACCUCUGGACAUCGACUCCAGGAUCCCGAUGCCGGUGCCGGCUGGACGUCGCCCGCGGUCACGUGCGCUAAUGUGCCCCAAUCAUUCUUGGAACUGCACUGUGUGUGGGAAGUAG